AAGGCAGCGGCUUACGGCGCGGGGACGCGGGAGGCCCAGGCGCGCGGCGGCGGCAGGCGGGCGGGCGAGCCCACGGCACGGCAUCCCCCGCGCCCCCGCCCCCGCGCUGCGGAGAAUGGGCACCUCGGGCCGCGGGGCGCAGCCGGAGAAUAAACCCCAAUGAUCACGGGCUGAGUCCGCGCUGCCACCAUGUCCGUGGCCUUCGCGUCGGCGCGGCCGAGAGGCAAAGGGGAGGUCACCCAGCAGACCAUCCAGAAGAUGCUGGAUGAGAACCACCACCUGAUCCAGUGCAUCCUGGAUUACCAGAGCAAGGGCAAGACGGCCGAGUGCACCCAGUACCAGCAGAUCCUGCACCGGAACCUGGUCUACCUGGCUACGAUAGCAGACUCCAACCAGAAUAUGCAGUCACUGCUUCCUGCGCCGCCAACCCAGAACAUGAACCUGGGCCCCGGAGCACUGAGUCAGAGCAGUUCCAGCCAGGGCCUGCAUCCCCAGGGCAGCCUCAGUGAUGCCAUCAGCACGGGUCUGCCCCCUGCCUCCCUCAUGCAGGGCCAGAUUGGAAACGGUCCAAACCACGUGUCCAUGCAGCAGACGGCACAGAGCACACUGCCCACAACCUCCAUGAGCAUGUCGGGCAGUGGCCACGGUACGGGUCCUGGCUACAGCCACUCGGGACCCACCUCGCAGAGCGUCCCCAUGCAAGGCCAGGGUGCCAUCAGCAACUACGUAUCUCGGACCAACAUCAACAUGCAGUCCAACCCAGUCUCCAUGAUGCACCAGCAGGCAGCCACAACCCACUACAACUCAGCCCAGGGCGGGAGCCAGCAUUACCAGGGCCAGGCGCCCAUUGCCAUGAUGGGCCAGGGUGGCCAAGGGAGCAGCAUGAUGGGCCAGCGGCCCAUGGCGCCCUACCGACCCUCCCAGCAAGGCUCUUCCCAGCAGUACCUAGGCCAGGAGGAGUACUACAGUGAGCAGUACAGCCACAGCCAGGGCGCUGCAGAGCCCAUGAGUCAACAGUACUACCCAGAUGGCCACGGCGACUACAGCUACCAGCAGUCGUCUUAUACAGAGCAGAGCUACGACCGCUCAUUUGAGGAUUCCACACAGCACUACUAUGACGGGGGAAACUCCCAGUACAGUCAGCAGCAGACGGGGUACCAGCAGGGCUCAGCGCAGCAGCAGACCUACCCGCAGCAGCAGUACCCCAACCAACAGAGCUACCCGGGGCAGCAGCCAGGCUACGGCCCUGCCCAGGGAGCCCCCUCACAGUACUCAGGCUACCAGCAAGGACAAGGCCAACAGUAUGGAAGCUACAGAGCAUCACAGACGGGACCUUCUGCCCAGCAGCAGCGGCCUUACGGCUAUGAGCAGGGCCAGUAUGGAAAUUACCAGCAAUAAAGGACAAGCGUUGUCUUUGGACCCUUCGUGGUAGUAUGUUCUGGACAAGCCAGUGGCAGUUCUGAUGACACCAUGACAUGUUGGUUGCCCUGCGCCCAGGGCCAUGUCUGCACGUGAAGCGGGCUCAUGCCAUGUGUAUGAUGACAGGCGUGCACUCCUGGCUUCGAUGGUGUGACAUAUUUGGUGCUGUGUAAAGUAUUGUAUAUC